AUGGCCUCGCCCAGCCUUCCCGCGCUGCCCACCGAGCUGAUCCAGGAGAUCGCUCGGUACCUGGAUUCGCCAGGCCAGCUGUCGCUGCGCCUCGCGUGCCGGCAGCUGCACGCCAAGACGCACCACACUUUCCUCGACGCCCACUUCUCGCGCCGCCGCCAUCUCUUCACCGAGCACAGCCUGAAGGGGCUCGUUGCGCUCGCCCAGCAUGCCGACCUGGGUCCUGCGGUGCGCCGGCUGGACCUCAGCCUGCUGCCGUUCGAGCAGCAGCGCGACCGCAACGCCAUGCACAACCCGACCAGCCCCUUCCACGUGCCCUGCCCCUUCCGCCGCGCCGCCCUGACCGUCUUCCUCAACGCCCAGGCCCGCUGCCGCCGCCAGAACCUCGACGUCGAGCUGCUGACCGAGGCCCUGCUGCGCCUGCCGAACCUGCGCGCCCUGCGCGUGCGCAACGAGCCGCGCGGCUGCUGGGGCUUCCAGCGCCUGGGCCGCGAGCUCGGCUGGCCCGCAUACAUUGCGUGCGGCAGCCGCGGCCAGCAGCACGGCGCUCCGCUCUUGCCGGGCACCUACGCCUUCGAGACGGCCCUCGUGGCCAUCGCGGCCGCUGGUGCCGGCGCCGCGGCCAUCGAUGAGAUCGAGGUUGAGGGCGGGCUGCCGCCGAGCGCGCUCGUGCUGUCGGACUUGAGCAUGGCAGAGCAGCUGCGCGCGCCCCUGGCCAACUUGCGCGUUCUGACGCUCUUCGUGAAUCUCCCGCUGCGGACCGUCGUCAUCGGGGACCAGGAGGCCGGAGGAGGAGCUGGCGGGGGCGAUGCAGUGGCAACGGACGCGCUGCAAUCCAACCCCCACUUCCUCUCGCUCCUCCCGAACCUCGAAGUGCUGCGGCUGGGCGCCGCCAGGGGCCGCACGAGCAACCUGGACUGCUUCCUCGCUGAAGUGUUCUUGGACGUUGCGCCGCGGAAGCUCAAGGGCCUGCACCUGCUCCACCUCGACUGCCGCCGCGAUGUGCUCGUCCCCAUCUUGCGCCGCUGCGAGACGCUCGAGUACCUCGUGCUCGAGGACGGCGCGGUGCGUGAUUCCUGCUGGCGCACGGCGAUGCGGUACGCGGCGGAAGCGCGACAUCCGAGCUUGGCCGGCGUGCUGUGCAAGCGCUUCGAGGUGCUGCCAGACGACGAAGAGGACGAGGACGUAGCCGAGGGAAUGAGUCUGGACGGCGCGCGCGACGGUGACGGCGACGACGGGGAGAGGUCACCGUUCUUGGAGUACGGCGAUACUCCGGGCCCGGCGAGGCAUCUGGUCGUGGACAGGGAGGAUAAGUGGCCCGGGCAACAGUUGCCCUGGCGGUUGUUUAUGACACUGGAGUUUUGGGAGAAGGAUAGGGUGCUUUUCCAGAUUCAGUGA